GCGUUCGUCGCCGCGCCGCGCGCGCGCGCGGUGAAGGAGCCGGAGACGGCGUCCGCGUCCUCAAACGCGUCUUCCGCGCCCGCGACAUCAUCCUCCGAGUCGACGUCCUCCCCGCCGCUCGCGUGGCGCGCGGCGAUCGACUUCAAGAAGAUCCGCGACAACGCGGAGGCGACGCAGACGAACGCGAACAACCGCGCCGCGAGCGUCGACGUCUCCGCGGUCGUCGCCGCGUACGAGGCGUACCAGACCCUCAAGGGCACGGUGGACGAGCUCCGCGAGCGAAGAAACGUAAACGCGAAGAGCAUGAAGGGCAAGAUGGACAAGGAGAAGCGCGACGCGCUCAUCGAGGAAGGCAAGGCGCUGAAGGACGAGCUCGCGGGGUUGGAGCAGGAGCUCGGCGCGCUCGAGACGACGAUGCAGAUCGAGGGGCAGAAGAUCCCGAACGACACGCACCCGGACGUGCCGAUCGGCGGGGAAGAGGUUGCGGCGCUCCGGAGAGAGGUGGGCGCGAAGCGCGACUUCAGCUUCGCCGUCGCGAACCACGUUGACGUCGGCGAACGGCUCGGGAUGUUCGACUUCGAGACCGGCGGGAAGGUGUGCGGGUCGCGGUUCGUGUACCUCACCGGCGCGGGCGCGAUGCUCGAGCUCGCGCUGAUCAACUGGGCGAUGCAGAAGGUCGUCGCGAAGGGGUUCAAGCCGAUGGUCGUCCCGGAUUUGGUGCGACAGUCCACGAUGGAAAAGUGCGGGUUCCAACCCAGGGCGGAGAACACGCAGGUGUACUCGAUACAGGACAGCGAGCUGUGCCUCGCGGGCACCGCGGAGAUCCUGCUCGGCGGCGUGUACAUGGACGAGGCGCUCGAGGAGAAGCAGCUCCCGAUCAAGAUGGCGGCGUUCUCGCACUGUUUCCGAACCGAGGCUGGCGCCGCCGGCGCGGCGACGCGAGGGAUGUACCGCCUGCACCAGUUCUCCAAGGUGGAGAUGUUCGUCGUCUCCACCCCGGAGCAGAGCGACGCGAUCCACGACGAGCUCAUCGCGAUCGAGGAGGAGAUGUACGACGAGCUCGGGUUCCACUUCAAGGUGUUGGACAUGUCCAGCGAGGACCUCGGAGCGCCGGCGUACCGCAAGUUUGACAUCGAGGCGUGGAUGCCCGCGCUCGAGCGCUACGGAGAGAUCUCCAGCGCGAGCAACUGCACGGACUACCAAGCGCGGCGGCUGAACAUCAAGUACCGCCCGAAUCCGGUGGACGGGAAGAAGCAGCCGUUGACGCACUGUCACACGUUGAACGCGACGGCGUGCGCGGUGCCGAGGAUGAUCAUCACCAUCUUGGAGAACUUUCAGGAGGAGGACGGGAGCGUGCGCGUCCCGGAGCCGCUGCAGCCGUUCAUGGGGGGGCUGAAGGUGCUCACGCCGGAAGACGUCGCCGCGAAGAAGUAGCCCGGGAUGGGGCGACGCGAUGGAUGGCGUCGCGGAGGUUAUUUUAUUCAGAUCGCGUCAUCGCGUUCAUUCGUUACAUCAUACUCUAUGUAGGGCUAGGGCUAGCCCUAGCCCUAUGUGUUCUUCCGUACUGUUGCUCAUUUUAUUCAGAAUUCAGAUCGCGUCAUCGCGUCA